UAUAUCCUACAACACAACACAACAGACCUUUUCUCUUUCUCUUUGCAUUUUUCAAUAACUCAUGGCUUCGAGCAAACUUCUUCAUCUUCUUCUGGUCUGCUACGUUUCUCUUAUCUGCUUUGCAUCAUCGUACGAUCUUUCUGAAACAUCGUCGCCGAAGAAAGUGUCGCUGGGCCUGUACUACGAGUCUCUAUGUCCCUACUGCUCAUCCUUCAUCGUUAACCACCUCACGAAGCUCUUCGAAGAAGAUCUAAUAUCAAUCGUCGAUCUCCAUCUCUCUCCCUGGGGUAACACCAAGCUCCGCUCCUCCUCCGAUAAUAAUAAUGUCACUGCCGUUUGCCAGCACGGUGCGUUUGAAUGCUUAUUGGAUACAGUUGAGGCUUGUGCGAUCGAUGCUUGGCCUAAAUUGAGCGAUCAUUUCCCGUUUAUCCUCUGCGUUGAGGGUUUGGUGACUGAGCACAAGUACGACAAGUGGGAGACUUGUUAUGAGAAGCUCAAUCUUAACUCUAAACCUGUUUCCGAUUGCCUCAGCAGUGGACAUGGAGACAAACUUGAGUUGCAGUACGCUGCAGAAACGAGUCAGCUUCAGCCGCCUCAUCAAUACGUGCCCUGGGUGGUUGUAGAUGGUCAGCCUCUUUAUGAGGAUUAUGAAAACUUCAUAAGCUACAUCUGCAAAGCUUACAAAGGUAAUAAAAAGCCUGCCGCAUGUGCCAAAUACUCAUCCAGGAACUUCAUUCGAAGUGCCAAAGUGAAUCGCUUCCCUCUGGUUUGCCGGAAAGGAGUCGAUAACAUGUGGGAUUUUUUGGAACGUAUCAAAACCUCUUUGUUGUCGUACAUCGACGUCACAGGCCUGCUAUAAACACCCUUCUCUUUGUUUUAUGAUAUGUAGCAUGAUUACUCUAAAAAGCUAUAUGGCUUCUGAGAUAUGAUGAAUAUGUAUGUAUUAACACAAAGUGUAUGGUUGUUGCUCUUGCCUGUUAGGUUGUGUGAAAGACCGGUUGAUAAUAAAGUCUCGGGGCCUUUGAAUUA